AUGUCGAAGCAUGAUGAGGCUCAUCCACCAAAUCAACCUGGACCUGCUGUCUGGGCCCACCUCGAAGGAGAUAAUCUCAUAUCAUUUGCCAAGAUGACGCUGAACGACAGACCAGAUCAGAUUGCGGAUACCGAUACCAACUCCGAGAAAUCCAAAAGCUUGGUAGCGCUCGGAGGACCUUCUCUGCAACCCAAAUCCGAAGCUAUCAACCUCCAUUCCAUUGAAGAUCAACUCGAGCGCUUCCUCUUGCCUCUCACAGGUGCCAAGGAGAUCGCGACUAAGAUAAUCAAGGAAAGCCAAAACGCGUUGUUCAUUCAUCGACAACAAUUCGAAAAGGUUUGGCGGCGAUCAGCAGCAUGUGAUUGCAAGGCAUUUGAGGGUUUUGCACCGGAUGAUCAAGACGAAGAUGACUGGGCACUCUUUGAGGGAGAUGUCUUGCUGCAUGUGAAUGAGUUGAACAGCAUCCUCAAUGGCUUAGCAGUGACGAUCAAGCGAGAUGUGGGAGACAUCCUGGUGAAGAAAGCGAAAGCAUAUCUGGAGGCCCGAGACGAUUUUGAGGCUGAAAUGAAGAAAAUGUAG